AUGAAAUUGAAAAAAGUGGCCGGUACGAAAGAUUCCUGGAGUGUAUGUUUUCCUCUGGAUGACCGGAAGGGAUACCAUAAUCAUCCGAUGGUUUUGUAUCCCGAGGGUCAUCGACAGUUCAGCGGAUUGAGUGAAAAGGCGAGACAGAUCGUCCGUGACAUGACAGCUGCCCAGGCAAGACUGGCGGUAAUAUUGGCAAUGAUACAGGAGAAAUACCUGUCUGACAACGCGGUUCGUCAGCAGGUUUACAACUAUAGGGCUAAACGCCGAUCAGAGAGUUUCGAGGGCAGAGAUGUGACUUCUCAGCUUAUGCAUCUGGCUAGCCGGGCUAAUUACAUAGUUUUCACCGAUUCUAAUAAGGACACACACACCUUGACACGUGUGUUCAUGUCGCAUCCCCAGUCAGCCCUUCUCUUUCAGACAUAUUAUUGGUACGUCGGUAUAGAUUCGACGUACAAAAUCAACAGGUAC